AUGUCAGCGAUUAUAUCUACUGAUAAUGCAAACAAAGUUUUCAGCCUUUCAGGACAAAAAGAAAAAUGGAAAAGUAUUCUACAAGAAAUUAAGAUCAGUUUAUCAAAAAAUCAGAAACACAUCUUCGGCCUUUUGUCUUUUAAUGCAUCUUGCGUUGCAUUUCUUUUAAUUUCUGUAAGUAGCUUUUCAAAAAUGCAUAUUUUGGAGCAAACAGAUGAAGAGAUGGGAUAG